CAUCAAAAUUUAUUCUAUUUAUUUCAUUUCAUUUCCACAUCUUUUUUUCACUUAUUCAACUUCCAUUUCCAAAUUCUUCAAACAUAUUCUGUAACAAAAAACAAAAACGUGAAUAUUUUCUGAAGAAGAAAAUAAUGAAUAAUGAAGAGUUAGUUAUUCAAGAUGAGUAUGUGUACAAAGAAGAGACACGCCUCACAGUUCUGAAAACGUCUCGGUUCUUCAUCGGUGAUGGCUUUGUCGUGUAUGAUUGUAAGGGACAACUCGUUUUCCGAUCCGACUCAUAUGGACCUCACACUCGUGAUAAGGAAGAACUUGUUCUCAUGAAUCCUCAUGGUCGUUCUCUUCUCACUUUGCGCCGAAAGAAAUUAAGUUUACAUCGCCGAUGGGAAGGUUUUAAAGAUGACAGAAAGAAGGGUGAUAAACCGAUUUUCAAUGUAAGGAGACGGUCAAUAAUCGGACGGUCACGAUCAAAUGUAAUAGUGGAGAUACAUGAUAACCCAAAUAUGUUGUACCUCAUUGAAGGGUGUUUCUCGCAACGAUCUUGUAAGAUUUUCAACACUAAAAAGAAGUUAGUGGUUGAGAUUCGUCGUAAGGUGGACCCCACCACUAAUGUUAUGCUUGGAAAAGAAGUGUUUGUGCUUUGUGUUCAACCUGAUUAUGAUGUUUCUUUUAUUAUGGGAUUGAUUUUGGUACUUGAUCAGAUCAAUGGUAAGAGUGUCUUUGAUAAUGAAACCAUUGAGACUUCGGUCCACCCUAUUAUAGAAGAGUAAGGAUUUGUUUAUUCUUUUGUUCUAUUUUUGAAGAAAAAAAAUAGCUCGUGUAAAUUUGUUCACGUAGUUAAAUUUUCAAAGGGAUAUUCUUUAAACCCUAAGAGUUUCGACUCUAUCAAGGAUACGAAGUUACAUGAUUUAAAGUCUCAUGAUUGUCAUGUUUUAAUGGAGAAUUUUAUUGUAUACAUUUUAUUUUGUCCAAAAAGACAUUGUAGAAUUGAAGAAGGUUGUCACUUUGUGUAAACUUCAUAAUUAUUGUCCACACUUGACAUAGAGAUUCAUAUCAAACCGUCCACCUUAUCAUGAAAACAUAUAUAAUAUUGUGCAUUAAAAUUAUAUGUAAAGAAUGCCAUAGAGUUGAAGUAAUUAUUGAGUUAUGUACUUUAUAUCUAUCGAAUGUUGGAUCUAUAUGGUUUCAGA